AUGAUUUUAGAGGAGCAGAGAUUCCUCCACGAAGAUCUCGAGAGGCUCGAGCAAGCUAUCAGUGAUCGUGUUGCUGAAGAGCCGCGACAUGUCCGCGAAAGAUUGAAUCGGGACCACCAGAUUGCUGGCUUCCUCGACCGAAUUCAAGAUCAAUCGAAACGGCUACUCGACAUCUACAAAGACGCAGAUGGUAGUCGAACGAAGGAGAUCCAGGCAAUAUCUACAGGAGAGCCCCUUGAGGAGUUCUAUAAGCAGAUGGCAGAUAUCAAGUCCUUCCACCAGCGGUAUCCUAACGAACCUGUCGAGAAUCUUGAGAGGGCAUAUAAGAAGAGGACACUGGGCGAAGGAGAGACAACAACCUAUGAGAUUGACAACAUGUUCACUGGCGAAGAAGCUUUUGGGAAAUUCAUGGAUCUGACGACAAUUCACGAACUCUACCUCAACCUUCCCAGCAUCAAGCGACUUACGUACCUACAAUACCUCGACGCCUUUGACUCAUUCGUACCUCCACAAUUAUCCAUCAAGCGACCGGACAAAAUGACCGACCAAUACUUCAACUAUGUGGGAGAACUGGCGAAGUAUCUGGAAAGUUUUAUGCGGCGUACCAGACCACUCGAAGACUUGGAGAAGCUGAUUAAGAGCUUCGAUGAAGACUUUGACAAGGCGUGGAAUGAUAAUGAUGUUGUUGGCUGGAAGCUAGAAGUCCCUGCGCCUUCAAUUGGACCUGCUACCGACGGAGUUUGGUGCGCAGAUUGCGAGAAGGAGUUCAAGAACGAUAAUGUCUAUAAGGCCCAUUUGACCGGAAAGAAGCACAUUCGUGCAGCCGAGGCGAGAGCAGCACGACAAGAAGCUGGAAAUGAUACAAAUGGCUCGGCGAACCGCGGCUCGAACACGUUGCGAUUGAAGGAGCGGGCAAUUGCAGAGCGAGAAUUCCGGGUCAAGCGAUUAGCAGCAGCAAUGUCACAAGAGAGGAGCGAUACCCGUGUCAACGUGGAGCGCAAGCAAGGUAUGACCGAGCGCGAAAGGCAAAUGGAACUGGAUGCCCUUUUCGCCGAGUCGUCUUCCGCGGCGCCACAAGCCGACGACUCGGACAAUGAAUCCGAUGGAGACGACAAAAUCUACAACCCACUGAAACUGCCUCUCGCUUGGGACGGCAAACCAAUCCCUUUCUGGCUAUACAAGUUACAUGGUCUCGGCGUUGAAUUCAGGUGUGAGAUCUGUGGGAAUUACGUAUACAUGGGACGAAGAGCUUUUGAUAAGCAUUUCAACGAGGCACGUCAUAUCUACGGACUGAAGUGUCUUGGAAUUACGAACACGACCCUGUUCAGAGAAAUCACUGAUAUCGCAGAUGCUGUCAAGCUAUGGGAUAAGAUCCAGCGGGAUAAACAGAAGGGCAAGAAAGAUGAGGGCAGCGUGGUCCAAAUGGAGGAUGCUGAGGGUAAUGUUAUGCCUGAGAAGGUCUACUAUGAUUUGCAAAAGCAAGGCCUGUUGUAG